AUGACCGGAAGCCUAACAAAGCUGGGGAUAAAAAAUUUCAGCGUUACCAAGCUCAGCUCAGCUUAUGGAAACAGUCUGGUGAAAUUGGUGAACAGCCGCAGCAUAAGUGGGAUCUUGGCAAAGACUUUAAGUUUUCCUUUCUGAAGAAAGACAAGCAUUGUGUCCACCACCAGAAAAGUUUGCAGAAGAGUUCAUUAUGUUUGUACUCAUUCUGAAGAUGAUGCAUCUUUUAUACUGAAGGUGAUCAGAUACAUUAAUUAAACUCCAGCUGGCGAAGAAGUUGGGUAUUACAUGUUGAGCAAGAUCUGUCUCCCUGUGAACUUUCAUGGUCUCAUUCUCAAAUAUAAAAAUCAUUGGUCAGCUCACCAUGAGUUAGCUGGAUGCUGCUGGUACUGUAAGCAUUAAUUUGAUCCUAGUAAGUAAUGUCAUUUAAGGCGGCAGGAUCACCCAGAAUGGUCGAAAAAAUUUUUUUUUCGAUAACAGUAACUUAAGAUGUGUCAUUUUAUUCAUAAAUCUUUUCUCUUUCAGAGGGUAAGUUAAACUUUUGCCAGAGCUAUGUUGUUUUUUUAGAUAAUUGCAUCUACACAGGGUAGGGGUGGCAUGUCAGAAUGCUCCAAAAUGGUGGAAAAUAACAUUCAGUCACCUGCAACAUGACACACAAAUAAUAACCGCUCCCAAUAUAACUUCUAAAUAAUAAUUACUCCCUACUUCCGUGCACUUCCGCCAAGUUGAAAGCAUGGCUUUGUGAUUGCUUUUAGUGACAUUUUAAUUAAACUUUGGACCGAUUAUUGUGGCUACAGUUGUGUGACACUGUAACUAUGGCUAAUGAUCGUAAGUACGGACCUUCAAAGCCUAAAAAACGCAAAUUUUGUGGUAACCGGUACUCAAAAGAAAAAGCAACAGUGGGAAAAAGCAUACGAAGCACUUUCAGCAACAUUUGUUAUAUAGGCAAUUCAACUGUCAGUUCAGAAAGUUAUUGUGAACAGGUGGACACGCCCACUAGUAAGAUCAGAACAAAAAUUGCACACUGCACACUAACACAUGAAGGUUCCAGUGGGUUGAUGGAGGCCAGCGGUACAUGUGACAUUUUUAAAAGAUCAGUUGAGCAGUACAAACUCAGAUACUCGGGGUUUGUUGGUGAUGGGGACACUAACACUUAUAAAAAAGUGAGUGACAGCAUGCCCUAUGGUAACAAAAACAUUGACAAGCUUGAAUGUGUGGGACACGUCCAAAAGCGAGUAGGCACAAUACUUAGAAACCUUAAAAAAUGUACCAAAGAAAUUCUUAGUGAUGGAAAAGAACUUGGUGGAAAAGGGAGACUAACAGAAGUUGCUAUUGAUAAAUUACAAUGUUAUUAUGGAAAUGCUAUCAGGGAACAUAAACAGGACAUUGUCAAGAUGAGAGAAGCAGUUUGGGCAGUAUACUUUCACAAGGGUUCUUCUGAUGAAAAGCCUGUUCACAACUUUUGUGAUGUUAGCUGGUGCCCCUUUCUGAAGGCUAAAAGAAAUGGUAAACCAUACACUCAUAAAACUAACAACUACCUCCCUUCUGCUGUCAUGAAUUAUAUAAAACCUGCAUGGAAAGACCUUGCCAAAACAGAGCUUCUAACAAAGUGUCUAGGUGGCUACACACAAAACCAAAAUGAGUCACUCAACAGCAGCAUAUGGAAGUUGUUCCCAAAAACAAAGAAUCAUGGACUAAAAACUGUUGAAACAGCUGUGGCAAUUGCAGUUUCCAUGUUCAACGACAGCUGCACUAGUCUAAUGGCUAUUCUGAGGAUGAUGGACAUACAUCCGGGACAGUUUUGUUGCACGUUCUGUGAAGAAAGUUGAUGCCGAGCGUUUGAAAAAUGCACAGCGACAGGCAAGAUUGGCUUCCAAGGCUCUUCGCCAAGCUAGGAGACGCAGAAGACUGGGUGCUGAUGAGCAAGAAGCUGAGAGAGAGGGUCAUCCCUACCAACCUGGAGGAUACUGACUGCUUUUGGGUAGAAAAAUAUUCAUUUUCUGUGUGCCAAACUUUAACGAAAACCUACGUUAGUGCUGACUGUCUUCCAGUUAUUUUCCACAUUUGUUAACAGAUUUUCUUGAAACUUUGCAUAUACUCCCAGAUGGAGUGGCUCUGGUAUGAACCAAAAUCUCAUGCCUAUGUUUAAUACUUUCUAAGAUAUAAGGGCACAAAAGCUGUAUUUUUGACAAAAUUUUAACACUUUUUAAAGUCUUUCAUCACAGACAAACCAGAUACACUAGAAUAAUGACAGUGGUUCAUGCUACAGCUACACGUCUUCUCCAAAUGUAGAAAAAGUAUUUUAGCUCAGUCUCUGAUACUUGGGUCUAGACCAGUUCUGAAGUGUAUGCUAGUUUUAUUAGUGUCGCGAGGGUAUAUUUUUCAUUUAUUUAAUUUUUUAAGCCCUUUCCUCAUUCCAGAAACCAUUAAGAUAUCAGUAUCUUAAAAAUACAGUUUUGGGUGAUCCUGCCGCCUUAAGUGUUUUUAAGAACAUGAACUGCAGAACACAACAUGUUGUCUGUAAACAAGCUAUAAGAUGACCAUACAUUCCAUAAUGAAAGAAAGGGUAUAGACAUGUGACUUUUACAGAUCACCAAAAAUUUUUUGCUUGAAAGAAACAUAAAAUGCUGUAGUGAUUGUUUAUUUUUUAA